ACUAUAAAUACCGAAAAAACUUGUGUGAAUUUGUGUCAGUCUCAACAUUUGUGCAACGCGCAUCAUUUGUUAACGGAGUUUAAAUUCGGACAUUUAAAUUUGAAAAUAUGAAGUGGCAAAUUGCAAUUGCGUUGAUGGUUGUGGUAGCAGUAGUCUCAUGCGAUGAAAAAUAUACAACUAAAUAUGACAACAUAAAUUAUAAGGAAAUAUUGGAAAACAAGCCAUUAUUGCAUAACUAUAUUAAAUGUACUCUUGACAAGGGUCGCUGUACAGCUGAAGGCAACGAACUAAAAUCUAAAAUUAAAGACGCCUUGCAGACUGGUUGCAUAAAAUGCUCAGACAAACAAAAACAAGGUGCUAGAGAUGUGAUACAACACCUCGAGAAACAUGAGCCUGAAUAUUUUGCAGAAUUGAGAGCCAAAUAUGACCCUAACAACGAGUUUGAAAGUACCAUGAGAGAUUUCCUUGCUGGAAAAAUUUGAAUUCGGCAGCACAUUAACAAUUAACACUUUCGGUUAUUAGGUACUUAUCUUUCUGUUUCAAACUUUACAGGUUUUUUUUUUGUAUUAAUAAAUAUAUUUUAUUAAA